GGGUCAAAGGGCACUUACAGAAAACAAUUCUGAAAGGUGGAGUUUCUGCCAUUACAAACACAGUUAAAAUUCUAUAUUUUUGGCUAUAGAACUUCUGCAGGAAACACGAAGAAAGAGACUGUGGCCCUUGGCUGAGUAUGCUAGUCCUCAUACAGCCCUCAUUGUCAUUGGAGAUAAGACUCGUGGAAUAGAGAAAUUUGCCUUGUAAUAGAGCUGGAUGCAGCGAGAGAACAGCUGAUGAACAUGGAGCUUCUGCAGAAUGUCCAGUCUCUCCUGCAGCUCUUUAACAGUACAGGUGCUAUUGCUGUCUUCCUAAGUGUUUUUGCUCUGCUCUUUGACCUCAUGAAGAGGAGAAUAGUGUGGGAAAGGUAUCCCCCAGGUCCAUGGGGUUUGCCAUUUCUAGGAAACAUAUUUCAGCUUGGCAUACGGAAGCCACACUUGCGUGUAACUGAGUUAAGUAAAACAUUUGGAAAUUUGUAUAGCCUUCAGAUUUUUUGGGAACAUGUUGUGGUGGUGAAUGGAUUUGGUGUCGUGAAAGAGCUUGUUAUUAAGAAAUCGGAAGACUGUGCUGAUCGUCCCCACUUGCCACUCAAUGUAGUUCUUGGGUUCACAGAUAACAACGAAGGAAUUAUAUUUGCACGAUAUGGACGCUCAUGGAAAGAGCAAAGAAGAUUUACACUAUCUACCUUCAGGAAUUUUGGACUAGGGAAGAAAUCGCUGGAAGACAGGAUUAGUGAGGAAGCUGGAUAUUUAUGCACUGAAUUCCAGAUGCAGAAAGGUCAUCCUUUUGAUACACAUUACAUAAUAAACAAUGCUGUGUCAAAUGUGAUCUGUUCGAUUAUAUUUGGAGAUCGGUUUCACUAUGAAGAUGAGAAUUUUCUAGAACUCUUGCAUCUCCUUGAAGAAAGCUUAAGGGAGACUAGUGGAUUCUGGGCCCAGGUGUUGAAUCAUAUCCCCUGGGCUAUUCAUUUUCCUGGACCUCAUCAAAAAGUUAUUAAAGUUCAACACAAAAUUAAAGAGUUCUUGUCUGUCUUCAUCAAGCAACACAAGGAAACAUAUGAUCCAUCUGAGAAAAGAGAUUUCAUUGAUGCUUUCUUAGCAGAAAUUGAAAAGGUUAAAGAUGAUCCAGAUACAAGUUUCACUGAAAGAAACUUGAUGCUUACAACGCUGGAUUUAUUUAUAGCGGGCACAGAGACCACCUCCACAACACUGCGUUGGGCUUUACUUUUCAUGAUCUUAUAUCCAGAUAUACAAUGUAAAGUUCAUGAGGAAAUUGACAGGGUGAUUGGGAAGGGCAGAAAUCCUAACAGUGGAGACAGAGUGAAUUUGCCUUAUACAGAUGCAGUUAUCCAUGAAAUUCAGCGAUAUGGUGAGAUUAUUCCAGUUGCACCACCUCGAAGGAUGAUACAAGAUGUAGAUAUUAUGGGGCACUUCAUUCCUAAGGGAACAACCCUUUUAAUAAACCUGUCAUCUGUCUUGAAGGAUGAAACAGUCUGGGAAAAACCACAUGAGUUUUACCCAGAACAUUUUCUGGACAACAAUGGAAAAUUUGUAAAGCGUGAUGCCUUCUUGCCUUUUUCAGCAGGUCAUCGUAUUUGCCUGGGAGAACAACUUGCUCGCCUUGAACUUUUCAUUUUCUUCACAACUUUGAUGCAGCAUUUCACAUUCUGCAUUCCAGAUGGUGAACCAAAACCAAGCACAGAUGCAUCUUAUAUGAUCACACUGGCACCCCCUCCAUUCAAGAUUUUUGCCAAACUAAGAUAAUUAGCUAAUGGUUGAAAAUUACACAUAGAGAUUAUGAUUGUAUAAGCAGUCUUGCUGGAAUUCUUUAAUGGCUUUUUGGCUAAAAAGCAAGUUCAUGAUUUAUGUUUUAAAAUAAUAAUUUCCUAGGAAUCAAUAGACUAAGCUAUAAGACAGACAAAAUGACUGCGUUGAAUAUAAGAAACAUAAUUAUUUUAUAUUCAUUUGAAUAAUAUGAGAACAUUAGCAUGUAGAGAGUCUAAUAUUAAUAAGAAGUAUAAUUUUGCCUGCCGUAUACCUUACUCUGUUGAGUCCAAUGAAAUUAAGAACAUGAUUUUUAGAAGAUGGAAAAAUCUCUGAAGGAAUCCGGAAGUAUAUUAAGUAGUGGGAUCCACCCCAUUUUUAUUGGCAAAUGUUAUUUCAGUUUUUGAGACAAUACAGAUCUGAGUGUGUGGUGUGAAAGAACUACCACAGCAGGAUCAGUCACCCAGCAGUGUAAACAUUGGCUUUAGAUGAUUGUCACCCCUACCUCUUGUGCAAAAAUGGGAACAAAGGGUUGCGGAUGGAUUAGAAAAUUAAGUUGGGAAUAGGGAGAGCAGUGGGGCUUUUGGCACUUUCAGGAGGUGUUGCCCUUAUGUUUUUUUUUUUUUUUUCUAUUUUCUUCACUGUGGUACAACCAUGGAGUCUUUGUAUAUAAAUUUGGUCCCCUGCAAAAAAAAAAAAAAACUUCACAUUUUUUGGGUCUGAUUGUUUUCAGUAUGUAAUUUGUAAUGAACUGUGAGACAAAAAAAAAUCAAACUUCUCAGUUGCAUAGGAAAGCCGACUGAAAGUUAUUUUCAAGUCAAAUGAGCACUCUACUUGCAAAUUGCAAAAGGUUGCUAAUAUGACAAUGUGUGCUUCCUACCUCCAUUUUAUAUUUAAAAGACUAAAAGGAAGACUAAAAGACUAAAUCAAGGAAUAUAUGAAAAUCUGUAAGAUGUUAAAAAAUGCAGUACUAACAUUUUAUAUAUUGUGUUAAAGAAGUUUUGAUGUUUUUUUGUUGUUAUUGUUGUUACUAAGAGUACUUGUAGUACUGAGAAGAAGGGCCGAUUAGGUUGUCUUUUAAAGUUUAAAGAAAUGCAGUGCAAAUUAUACUUAAUGUUGCUAUAGUUCCAGAAUAUUGAAGUUUGUCAAAGAUGAACUGCAAAUAGGUUUUUAUACGGAUUACAUCAUGUAUUGACUUAGGGGUCAUUUGUUAACUUUAUUAUUUGAUUUUAGAAUUUAACUGUAUUCACUUAGUUUAGUGAUAUUUUAAUUGAUUGAUGAUUCUAACUGUAUAAUUGGUUAGGGGUAUUUAAAUUAGAACUUUUACUUUACAUGUUUUCUAAAGAAGUCUGAAUUAAAAUGAGACGAUGAUACUAUAAAAAAACAC